AUCAUAAUGACUAGWAAUGAUGCUGCGAUGGUGGUUCUAUGUUUUGAAGAAUUUCACUCUGUCAGUGGUUGCUAGAUUCAUUAUUAAUCUUUACAAGAUGAUAUCUUGUCUGGCCAUUUCAAAUUCAAAGGAUAAAGACACAUGUUGUAACUGGAACGACCUCUUGAUUUGCGCUAACUAAUUCGAGAUCACGACUGGCUGCUUUUCCACUACACGCGAGCAUUCAGUUUGUUUAUAAUUUCGAUUUAAGAGCUUAUUGACUGGUAUAAACAGGAAAAUGGCUUGUGCUGUUGCAGAAGAAAAUGGCGGGGAAAAUGGAAGGACUGAGGAAGAAGAUGACGGCGAAGAACUGAUAAAAGAAGCUCCUCGUGCAAGAAGUCCCGAAGAUCAAUCUAAGAGGAAGGUCGAUUCCAGAAUUACAAAGCUCCGUCGAAGAAUUUCGCAAGGACUGAGACUGUCAUUCGCAAAGGACGACGAGGAAGUGUUUGCAGAAAAGCCUAAUGUAAAGCAAAACAGUCCAGCAGUAAGGACCAAUAUAUUCUCCGAAUCGGACAUCGAAACAUGCACAGAGACCAAAAAACCUGUAGUGAGGCGAACAGUAUCGGACACAGUUGGUGGAAGACUAAGAAAGAUUAGUAGUUUCUUGAGCGACAGCAGAAGACAUUCUGAUGAGUUCACAUCUGGAGAGUUUGAAAGUACAUCUAGUCAGCCUCUGUCUCCUUCCUAUGGACGUCUAGAGUCAUACCAGAAGCUGGAGCCACUUGGUGAAGGUUCCUACGCAACGGUGUUCAAGGGAAUCUGCACUGCCAAUCGAAAAGUCGUGGCUUUGAAGGAGAUUCGACUUCAAGAAGAAGAAGGAGCGCCCUUUACUGCAAUCAGAGAAGCUUCUUUACUCAAGCAGUUGAAGCAAGCCAACAUCGUCAGAUUACAUGACAUUAUUCACACGAAGGACACACUGAUGUUCGUCUUUGAAUUUAUUGACACGGAUUUGAAUAGCUACCUGGAGAGGUAUCCAAGAGGAGUUUGCCCGAACAAUGCUAAGAUAUUUAUCUUUCAACUACUACGAGGCUUGGCGUACAUUCACCAACGAAAAAUUCUUCACAGAGAUAUCAAACCUCAAAAUUUACUAAUAAGCGAAAAAGGCGAACUCAAAUUAGCAGACUUCGGUCUGGCGCGAGCCAAGUCGGUGCCAAGUCGGACGUACUCAAACGAAGUCGUCACUCUAUGGUAUCGUCCGCCUGAUGUUCUCUUAGGAUCGAAAGAUUACACAACGUCUUUGGACAUAUGGGCUGCAGGGUGUAUCUUCGUGGAAAUGAUAACGGGUGUAGCUCUGUUUCCAGGACUUAAAGACCACAUCGACCAGCUAAACAAGAUAUGGCAGGUACUUGGUACACCGACUAACGAAACUUGGCCUGGCGUCACCAAACUUGCAGAAUAUAAUAUUGAUACGUUUCUUGAAUAUCCACCCCAACGACUUGGCUACGUCGUACCAAGGUUACUUGGAAUAGAUGGUGCUGAGAAGCUUGCUUCACUUAUGAUACAAUUGGAUCCAAAACUUCGCGUAACAGCAAAAAACGCGAUUCACAAUUCAUAUUUUAGCGACUUUCCUAAAGAAGUUUACACCAUUUCCGAAGAGGACUCAAUUUUCACUGUUAGUGGUAUUGAAUAUCAAAAAGAGCCAAGCUGACUAGCAGAGAGUGAAUGUAUAUGAUACUGGCCUAGUGUGGUGUGCCCCCAUCACCUGUCUGACGUAUGGGUACCAUGGCAACAAUGACAACAAGUGGUUACCAAGCCCGCAAACAAGUGACGCGAUGAAUGUCAUCACAUAUUCUACAAAGGACCUCGGAAUGUCCUUGGAUCUUCAAGGUUUUUAUUAGUUUUAUCGUUUUAAUACUUGGCUAAAAUCCUAUGGAAAAAAAACCCGGCCGAUAUGGACACAAAUAUAUAUAUAAUAUAUUAUAUCAGUAAUACGGUAAUAGACCAUUUCCGAAUUCGUUUAAGGGAAGAAAUAAAAAACGCGCGCGUGUGCUGUGUGCAGUCAUAAAGCACGUGGGGGUUGGCAGAACACGAGAGAAGUGUUAUGACAAGCACAUAGCGGAGAGCUUCUUGACACUUCUCGAGUGUUUUGCCAAUCCCCAAGUGUUUUAUAACUGCACACAGCACAGUAGGCAAGUUUUUUUAUUUCUUUUACAAAAUACAAAUUACAAUAACCGUUAUUUUAGAUAGAUUGACGCAAACGGAAAGUGCGCGCGCAUGCAAUGUUCUCUCAUAAGCACGCGCUCCAAACCAAUCAGAACGCGACAUUCAUAACAAUUAUUUUAUAAUGACCUUGAAACAAUGGCUCCAAGUUGAGGUGGGACUCAACGUGUUCAUACAAUCAUUUACUAUGUAUUUCACCACACCGACCUCGACUUAGACCCAUUGUUUCAUGGUCACUCGACGAAUUUGGGAAAGCUUUAUUAUAACUGCUAUUCUGAUACUCAUUCAUGAUAUGCCAAUGAAAAUGUUCUUGGACAUUAUAGACCCUAAAGCGCGAUUGUUUUGUACUACAACUUGGGCUGCAUUGGGAACAUGCUGGCUGCACAACUUGGAGGACAAAACAGUUAAUUUUACUCUACUCUCCUUGCAGUAGGAAUCGAAAUUCAACUGAGUUUAUAGAAGGGCAAGAGAGACUGUUACUGCGGUUUCCAUAUUCUACGAACUCGGUAGUUACAAACUGCAGGCUGAAAUUUAGUUUUUUUGCUGCUGUCAAUGAAAAGUAAUCAAUCGGUACAUUUUGUAUUCUUGACUGGCGGCACUAAAAAACAAAUUUUGUAAAAAGCCGUUGAAAGGUCUGAGUUUGCGGAAUAUAGAAAACCGCAGUAACAGUCUAGUCCAUUCUCUUCUAAUAUUGAAAAGGCCCAAUGUAUAGAUGAAGGUAUUUGAACCCUACUCCUUUUUUUUGCAAUAAAAAUGGCAGGAGCAAUACCAGUCAAGAUGCUAUAAGGGGUAAAUUAUUAAAAGGAAUUUGAAAAUGGAAAUACUGAAGACGCAAAUGUGUUGUAUUGAAACACAUUUUAAGACUAGAACUAUUUUGAUCUAAGCUUGAACUGUAAUAUUGCCAAAAAAAUGAAUAAUACUUAGUAUAUCUAAAGCUAUUUUUUAUCUUGUAUAUAAACAACAGACCCUUUUUUUACGCAUGAAUAGCAUAAAAAAAGUUAGACCAGAGGUUAUUUUAAUACUACCGUAAAGCGAUUUUAUUUGGCCCAUCAAAAAAUACUCAAGUGCCUAUGACACCUAAGUCAAUAUCUUCAGCAUUGAUUCUACAUUAAGUAAAUAGUUGAAUGUUAAAAUAUGUGUACAUGAUUUGAGUGAUUCAUCUUGGAGAUAUCAAGGUUUAUACUUCCAGUAUGUUAAUGUGUGUGAUGCCAUAGGAGGCAUAUGAGUAUAUUUUUCAUCAUUCUUAGAUUAAAUCACUGAUUAUUAUGAAGAAAAUAAAUUUGCAAUAACCCUUCUAUAAAGAGUAAGAGUAAGACAAUGAUGGUUUAUACAAGAUAUUUUACUGCUCCAGAAAAGAUUUGUAUAUUUGAUAAUGCCUCCUAUGACAUCACAUACAUUAACAUAAUUGGAAGUAUAAACCUUGAUAUCUCCAAGAUGCAUCACCCAAACAAAUAAAAUAAAUAAAAAAUAUUUUUUGUUAUUUAUACACGGUAUGCAUUAAAGCUAGAAGCUUGUGGGGCCGUGUAUCCUCCAUACACACUCCUUUAUACAUUAGAAUCAUAUGAAACUGAAUAUUUUACCAUUCAACUAUUUACUUCAUGUAGAAUCAAUGCUGAAAAUAUUGACUUAGGUGUCAUAGGCACUUUAAGCAUAUAAAAUGCUAGUAGAAGCAAAUUGCAGACAUUAGAGUUACACACUGUUGCCUUCAAACAAUUGUUUCAAAUCGAGGAAUUUGGGUCAAUACAAUGAAAUGUAUAGAAACUGACGCAAAUGCAACAAUUGUCUGAAGGCAAUAGAGUGUAAUUCUAAUAUCUGCUAUUCCGUUUUCUUUUGACUUAUGUUGACCUUUAGUCACCAGAUAAUAGCCCCAUUCACAGUGUGCAAUUUUCAAAAUGCUGCAGAGACCAAUUCAAGCAUGAGAAAGUCCUAACCAUUCCUUUCAGUGUUGUUGUUGGUGGUGGUGGUAUGGUUGUCGUUGCUGUUGUUUUGUUGUUUUUCUUGUUGCUUGGCCAUGUUAUGUGGGCAAAAACAUAAUGUUAUUGUCGUGGUGGUUGUUGUUGUUGUUGCCGGUUGCUGCUAUUUUCCGGCAAUUUCCUUUUUUCUCUGGCUAUGCAAUAAUAACACUGAAAAACAAUUAAAUAAAUAAAAACAUUCUUAACUUUUGCUUUGGGCGAUGGUCGAAAAUGACUCUUGAUGCAUGUUGUUAACUAAGCUUGAAGUGUAUCACUAAUGGAACAGCUUUUUCUGUGCUCCGGUCAGUAAUAAAGCACGCAGGAAGUGGACGAAAGCAGGAGAGAAGUGUAACUCACUUCUUGAGUGCUUAUGGCGCUUCCUAAGUGCUUUAUUUCUGAACGGAGCACGGAAAAAGUUGCUCUAUUCUUUUAAUUAUAUAGUUACUAAUUUUAUUUCGGUAUUGAAUUUAUUUACGCAAAAAGAAAGACGGUCAAAGGAUCUAGCAGAACCUCGCGCGCGCGGAUGGCGUCAGCACUGUUCUCCGUUCACUAAUAAAGCACUGUUUUUGACCAAUUAGCGCGCGCGUACUAUCCUAACUAUAUAAUAAUUUGAUGUACAAAUGAUGUCACUGCGGUACAGAAAAAUAUAUACUGGAAAACCAUACAGACAAAGUUUUAAAAUUUUCAAAUUUCGCGUGCUUUUGCGGAUUGUAUUAACAACGCCCAUAGUGCGUUUUGGGCUUGGCGGCAACAUGCAACAAAACCACCAAACGUUUUUGAAAUAGCUGUACCGCAUAUCCUCAGAAAUAAGAUAGAAUCUUGUAAAGGAGCAUUAGUAAUGAAAUGUAGCAUGCAUUGUUAAGUUAUUGUUCUAUGAUUCAGUUCAGUUUCUUUAAUUUAUUUUAUUUAUUUGCUAAAGUAUUAUCCUGGUCUUGUAAAUAAUAUCCAAAUAAUGUUAAAUGAUACACUGAAAACAUGAAAAAAUCAACUGAACGUUUACUGACGUUUUCUGUAUAAAGUAAGAUUAAAAGUCAUUGAUUGA